AUGGCCGCCCCUAGCGCUGCAACUGCAGUCGCGCUGGGCGAGACUGGGUCGAGUGACGCCAGGGCAGCGCAGAGCGGGCGAAAGCUCACAGGCCGGUUUUUGCACAUCACAGACUUCCACCCUGACCCGUUUUACAAGACGUAUUCGAGCACCACAGCUGAGGCAGCAUGUCACCGACAUCAAGGACCGGCAGGCAUCUACGGCGCAGAGACGUCAGGAUGCGAUUCACCGUUUUCGCUAGUCAAUGAGACGUUUAGUUGGAUUAAGGACAAUGUCAAGGACGAUAUCGACUUUGUAAUCUGGACGGGCGACUCGGCGCGACACGACAAUGAUGAGAAUCAUGCGCGUACGCAGAAGCAGAUCAUCAGGCAGAAUGAGUUCCUGGUUGAAAAGUUCAGAGAGGUAUUUGGCGUGUCUGAUAAGGACCGCAGAGGAGUCAACGACUAUGUGAUCCCCAUCGUGCCAACAUUUGGCAACAACGACAUCAUGCCGCACAAUAUCUUCCUCCAGGGACCAAACAAGUGGACAAUGAAGUACCUGGACAUCUGGCGCAGCUUCAUCCCAGAAGCGCAAAGGCAUCAGUUUCAGCAGGGAGGCUGGUUCUCGGUCGAGGUCAUUCCAGAGAAGCUGGCUGUAAUAAGCUUGAACACGAUCUACUUCUUCACCUCCAACCCCGGCGUCGACGGCUGCGCGAACAAGCACGAACCGGGCUACGAACACAUGGAAUGGCUGCGCAUUCAGCUUAAGAUCAUGCGCGAACGCGGCGUAAAAGCCAUCCUCAUGGGUCACGUCCCACCUGCGCGAGUCGACGGCAAGGAGAGCUGGGACGAGACGUGCUGGCAGAAGUACGCCCUCUGGGUGCAGCAGUACCGAGACGUGAUUGUAGGGUCUCUUUACGGACACAUGAACAUCGAUCACUUCAUGCUUCAGGAUUUCGCGCAAAUCGACGACCAAACAAAGAAGGGCGACAUGGCUGCUCAGAUUCGGGCUAAGGGCGUCGAUAGCGAGAUUAGGCUGCUUGAAGAUGGCGAAGUCACGGUGGCAUCAGCUUCUGACUAUCUGCUUAGCCUCCGGGACUUCUGGGCACGACUCCCAUCGCCUCUCACGGAUUCGAAUUGCAAGUCGCGAACAAAGUCGGGUAUUUGGGACGAAGAGGAAGAAGACGACAGCUCUGUCUGGGAGUGGCUGAUGUCCAAAAUCUCUAGCUCAAGAGAACACAAGAACGUUGGAAAGAGCGCGAAGAAGAAGUACCUCGAGAAGAUCGGGGGAAAGUACGCACAACGCUACAGCGCAUCGCUCGUCUCGCCAAGCGUAGUCCCGAACUACUACCCCACCCUCCGCAUCAUCGAGUACAACAUCACCGGUCUUGAGCACCUCCACGUUCACGGCACUCCUGGUAAGACUCCUGCUGAGUUUCCGGGCGAUCAGCAACCCUUUUUCAAGCACGACUUUUCAGAUGAUGAUGGGUACAAAAGGGAAAUUGGUGCCCUGGUCAGGAGGAAAGAGAAGCAGAAGAACCAGGAAAGAAUUUCUAAGCACUCGAAGAAGUUCCGCUUCAAGAUUCCGGAAGGACCCUCCAAAUCUGCCCCACCUGGUCCUGCGUACUCCCCUCAGGUCUUCACCUGGACUCGCUACACUCAGUACUUCGCCAACUUGACGCGCAUCAACAAUGACUUUUUCGAUCCCCAACGCCACCAAUUCGACGUCGAUGGUGAACCUACCUCCAAGAACGAUCUAGCUCCUCGUACAAUCUUUGGUCUUCAAGUCAGCGAAAACGGCGAAAUCGAAGGCAAGGGCUGGAAAGAGGGCAAGCACGGAAAGCACAAUGGAAAACAUCCACGACCUGAGCCGCAUCCGAAAGAGUUCGUGUACGAAGUCGAGUAUGAUACAAAGGACAAGAAGUUCCCUGACCUCACCGUGAGAAGGUGGGUUGAGUAUGCAAGGAAAAUUGGAGGCAGCGGCGCGAAGGCUGCGGACGUCGCUGACUACGAAGAAGAGGACGUCGACGAGUUCAAGGUUGAUGUAGAGGAGAUAGACGAAGAUGAGCUCGAAGCAGAGGGCAAGAAGCACAAGAAACACAAGAAGGGGAAGAAGCAUCGCAAGGCGUCGAAGGAGUGGUUUACGUUCGUGAAGCGCGCGUUUGUCGGCACUAUGGAUUCCCAUGAAAUCAAGGAGGUGUUUGGGCAAGCAGCACCAGCAGUGGAGAAGGUGCAAGAGGAAGUCAUGGAGUUGUGA